UUCAGCAUACAGAUCACAGAAUGGGGAAAAAAAAAUACGCUCAGGUGCAUGCUUAAAAAAAAAAGGAGAAAGGCGAUCGUGGAGGGACGGUUUUGUCGGUCAGAAUAAUUUUGUACAUUUUGUAUAAAAUUAUUUAGCUUCAUUUGCGGAGACAAAGUCGCCAAACUGAAGCUUUUGACUUCCUUGAAAAAUGUUUAUAUAGCAGAAAGGUGAUUUGAGCUGAUUUUGAAUUCGAGGGUUGGUAUUUAAUUAGUGCAGUUCAUACAUAAUGUUGGAAGCAUCUUCAAACAUGGAUCCCCCUACAAAUGAAGGGGAUUCGACACUUGAAGAAGUAAAAGAGGAAGGUCCUCUCUUUUCUUGUAUUCUAUUCGAUGCAGAAAUGGUUCGCAAGGUAGCACAGGAAUUCCUUACAGGAUUAGCCUCGGCCUGUGUUGACAACACGACUGGUGGUCUAUUCAAGAGCCCUGCUUCUGUCGCUGUUGAUGUCAGAAGAGAAAUGGUGGAUUAUCUUAUCCAGAGAAGCGAGACAUUUGUUGCCGAGUCUGUUGUCUUAGAUGGUGGAACAGAAACAGUUGUCUCUGACAACCCUUACGAUAUCAUUUCAGAUUUUAUUGAUGAUUUUGGACAGUCAAAGAGGAAUUUCUUUAGCAAGGUUUCGGGAUGGGUACUAAGUGAAAGGAGAGAGGACAGAAUAGAUGAUUUCGUACAAGAAAUGGAAAUAAAUGGCUUUUGGUUGAUGGGGAGGAGGGAAACCGUAGCACAAACAGUGAUUAGAAAUGUUGACUUCAAGAACACCUUUCACUGCAAUAUGAAGUUUAAGUCCCAAGAAGAGCUUGUGCAACAUGUCUCCUCGUGUGGUUUCAGGGAAAUAAACUGUGCAAAUGAGGGCUGUAAUGCCAGAUUUAGUGCAGCUCAACUGGAACAGCAUGAUUCUACUUGUCCUUUCAAAAUACUUCAGUGCGAGCAGAAGUGCCCCGAAAUGCUCAUGCGGCGUGAAAUGGACCGGCACUGUAUAACUGUUUGUCCGAUGAAGCUCGUCAACUGUUCCUUUUACCCAGUUGGUUGCCUUUCUACCAUUCCCCAAUGCAAAGCAGACGAGCAUCGUCAAGAGAAUCUCCAGUCUCACUUGGUCUACAUUUUAAAACUUAUUUACAAGGAAGCAUCUUUAGAAGCUCUUAAGAAAAGGGCUGAACAAUUGCAACAGGCAUCAUCACCUGAACGGCUUGCAGCUGCUCGUGAUGCAAGAUCAUUAACAACUGCAAUUAAGAAUAGUAAUGCAAAGCUCGGACCUUUGGAAGUUGAGAAAAAGACAGAGGUCAAUCCAGAGGUUGCAGAAUCGAUAGACAAAAAAGAGGACGACACGGAUAUAUCCACCAACAAGGAUGAUGGCACGGAUUCACCUCAUAAGAAUGAAAAGUCUCCAGACUCACCCAAGACUCGGCACAACUCUACAGCUAUGCCGGCGAAAGUGGAGUUGCCUGCCAAAUCAGAGAAUGUUGUGGAACCAAUCAGCAAAACUGAAGUGAAAGAAGACUCAACAAAUCUAUCCCCCAGCAAAAGUAGACCUCCAGUAGAAAAUGAAGGUCUGAAAUCUCCUGACAAGGAUGUAGUGUCUCCGAAAUUACCUAAAAAUGAAGGAUCUUCUAAGUCACCUGAGGAAUCUCAGGACCUCACAGCAUCCGCCAAAUCAGAGAAUGUUGCGGAACCAACCAGCAAAACUGAAGUGAAAGAAGACUCAACAAAUCUAUCCCCCAGUAAAAGUAAAAGUAGACCUCCAGUAGAAAAUGAAGGUCUGAAAUCUCCUGACAAGAAUGUAGUGUCUCCAAAAUUACCCAAAAAUGAAGAAUCUUCUAAGUCAGCUGAGGAACAUCAGGACCUCACAGUAUUCUCUAAGAAAGCGGAGUCACCUGAAAGUGAAGAGUCGGCCCCAUCACCAAAGAAACAUCAAAACUUCACAGCUUCGCCACCUGAAACGGAGACACCUAAACCUAAAGAGUCUAUGCCAUCACCCAAGAAACACCAUGAUUCCAAAGCUUCCUCACCCAAAAUGGAGUCUCCAAAAAGUGUAGACUCCACGGCCUUGGGAGACAAGAUUGAGUGACAUGCCAACACUAAGGAUAUUGUGGAAAAUGUAAUCAACAAAUCCACACCUCAAGAAAAGAGAUCAACAGAAUCGUCAUCAGAAAAGAUAAAGAGCCUAAGUCGUCAAUCCAAAAGUAGAUGCACGUGUAGCAACAAAAUGAAAGAAAUUUAAAAAGUUGGAAGACAUGAAAAAAGAAGGAUCAGACAAAGCAAAUGAUCAUUUCUUUUAGAGGAAAGAUCAACCUGUUAAAAGAGCAGAGUGACAGUUCCAUAACCGUUCAUGCUGAAGAAGGAAGUAAGUUGAUUGCAUUGAAGUGUACUCUCUUUCGGAAGUUAACCUGAAGUUAGGCCAGAGCAUAGGAGAUGCUCAGGUAUUCUUUGCAUGCAGCAGAAAGUUAAUAGUCAGUUUUGAUCUUUUAGCAACCUUUACCUUGCAGAAAGAGGAAAAUAAUUUUGUUUUCCAUCUGUUUGUUCUCAAUGAUGGCUGGUUUUGUUUUACGAUUCUUUUGCACAUUGCUUUUUGACACUUCUUCAUACAUCCAACAUAUGGAUUUUUCAUA